UCGAAACACAUAUACUUAUACUCAUACAUGCGUAAAUUCAGUAGGAUGUCUACAGUGGUUUGAAUGGGUGUGAGCUGUUUAACUCACAGUAUCAUAUUGAGCCUAUGACGUAUUACCGCUUACGGUAAUGACGCGGAAAUAAAAUAAGAUUUCCUUUUUUUUUCGGUACUUAUUACAUCUUUCUACGCACUUGUUUCACUUACUUUUAUUUCAAGACGAAUACGGUAGUUUAAAACAGGUAGAACCAUUUUUGUCGGAUGUUAUCGGAAAAAUUGUGCGGAUAUUAUAAUGGCACUCUCAAAGGUGCGUUCGAAGCUGAGGAAGUUUUUGUCUGAUGUCAAUCUUGACCCGGAUAUCCAACGCGCUCUAAACCAGAUGGUUUCCAAGGGGAUGGCGUGCUGUAGAAAGUUCAAGGACACGAUGGCAGAAGAAGGCGCGGUCAUUUUGUUCCAGAAAGAACUACUUAUAUCAGCCGUUGGUCCCAGUGACGUCAACGUAAGAGACAUGCAGACGGCUUUUGACGAGAUCUGCCGAAAACUGAUAGAUGUGCGCGACGACGGGCUGGCAUGGCAAACGGACGUUCAUGGGCUUAUCGAGUUGUGCAGGGGACGAAUUAAACAAGAUGGCGAGAGCUUAGUGUGUGGCCAAUUGAGUGAGGAAAACAUACUGACGGAAAUCGAAGGUAUUGAUCUAGAGACUGCCACAAAUUACUCGGAAGUCGAAACCAUGAACCAGGACGCGACGAGACUGGAUCAAGGUGCCAGAGAGCUUGAACGACAGAGCGUAAAGAAGAAGGAUACGGGAAUCGGGGGAAUUGUGAUGUCCGUUGUUGGAGCCGUCUUAGCGCCAAUUACAGGCGGCCUAAGCCUAGCGCUCACAGCUGGAGGAGGCGUCCUAGCGGCGGGGGAUCUCAAAGACGAGGCCGGAUGUAGGAGCCAGGCGGAGCAGAUGCGCAGCCAGGCUCAAGACAAGCGGAAGAAUGCACGGGAGCUGGAGAAGAAGGCCAAAUCUCCUAUCUUCAUGAAGAAUAUUCUUGCGGAACAAAUCGGUUUCCUCCGUUCUAAGAAAGACCAGUUCGAACAGAGUAUCGCGUCCCUACAAAGCAUGACAAUCAGCCUGAAUGAAUUUAUUCUGGAAAUCAACCAUGCUCUCGACGUUUUUCAGGUGCUGGACACAGUGUUCAAAGACGUUCUUCUCGAAUCAAAGUCCUUUAAGAUCGUGCAGAACGCACUGAAGAGGAAUCCUGCCAGGGUUGCCGAGAGGGCCCAGGGACAGCUUAGGGAUCUCCAGGAUAAAUGGGUAGCCAUGGAAACCAUGCUAAAGAUGAACGGGGCCGUGACGUCAUUGUAACCGCUGACCUGUGAAUGAUGGAAUAUGUCUGGAGCGAUGGAAAAUAAACUGUUAUCACAUGCUUUAGUAUAUUUUGUUUUUCGUGUUAUACUAUCUAUUGUGUAUAUCUUACUGUCACAGGGUAUAAAUUCUUAUUUAGUUAUUUUUUUACUCAUGUCGAGUAGUUUUAGGUAACUCUGAUUUAAAACCUAGACUGUAGUCUUAGUUGUUUUCUAGUUAACCUAUAGUUGAAUUUAACCUAUUUUAGCACGUGCACGUAACAACCAAUCAUUCACUUUCCUUUCUUUAUUCAGUUGUUUGCUGAAGGUUGUUUCAGACAUCCAUUCUAUUUUGAUUGAAACAUUAUAUUAUUUGUGUAUGACAUUUUAUAUUCCUGCAGGUAACAUAUUUGAAUCUUUUAUUUAUUUUAUCUGUCAAUUGUUUGUAUUGUUAUUUAAGACAUCUGACGGUUACGGCUGUGUUUAUUAGUUAUUUAUUAAAAUAACUUAUUGCGAGUAAUAUUCACACCGCCAUGCAACGCUAGUCAUUAUUAAUAUGUAUUUCAUUUGAAUGCAUACAUAUAUUAUCUUGAUUAUAUACCUAAUUGCAUGUAUUAAUUGUUUCUAUUUCAGAUACCUUUAUCGAUCUAUUAAAACUUUAAACCUUGAUUGAUUCGAUAGAUUGUCGUCGAACCCAAAGUACGCAAAUUGCGCGUAGCUAGGCCGGCAACAUUACACAUAUGUGAACAACAUUUUAAUAGUUGUCAGUCGCUAUCAUUCGUUGAAAGACCUAUCACGGAACGGUAUUAUGGUGAAAUGGGUCGCAAAACAAAAGAUUAAUCACAUCGGUAUAACGUAUUUUAUCAUGAAAAAAAUACGCUUUAUGCUUUACUUAUUUCCUUUUUUUAUGAAACCGUCACGAUUUGUUAUACCAUCAUAAUGCAUGCAUGACGGAAAAGCAACACGUGUUAUAAAUUACGCUGUAUUUUCACGUAAAAAGAAAGUUAAAAGCGUUUAUUUCGUAUUUAUAUUCGCUAUAUCGUCGCUGUUCUUCGAAAACCGCGUAAGUCAAAUUUUGCGCAAAUUGUUAUUUGUUUUUAUAAGAACGGCGGGUUCACGGGUCAUUUUCUGCGAAAAUACUGAAUUUCAUAUUCAAUUGGAAGGCAUAGUUAUGAGCACGUGAGAAAAUCCUGAACACUCAUUGGUGCACUAAUUGUUUCUGCAAAAACUGCGUAAGUCAAUUUUUCCAACUUUUCAAAAACAUUUUUUAAAUAUUUUUUAAAGUUUUAAAAUAUAUUAAUUUAGAUAGUCUUAUUCAAAAUGGCCAUACUUUUUAUUUAUGAAAAUAUAAAAACCUGUAGUUGUCAUUUUAAUUCUAAAAAUGGACUUACGCAGUUUUCUCUUUAAUAUUUGGUUCGUUUUUAAGACUAUCUAAAUUAUUGUAUUUCAAAAACGUUUUUUUUGCCUAUUGAAAAGUUGUAAAAAUGUACUUACGCGGUUUUCGAAGAACAGCGACGAUAUAUAUCGACUUUACUCGCUGCACAAUUUCUUAGCGGGAUGACCAAAUUACACUCCACUCAGAAAAUUUGCGAGGAGUAAAGUCACGAUUUAAAGCGAAUUUUAAUACGGAAUAAACGCUAAUCACCUUUUCCUGAUAUGGCUGAAAAGUGAGCGUCAUUUAAAGAGUAUACAUCGUCGAAAAAAAAAACGGCGAAAAAAACUCACACUAUCAUAUUUUGAGCCUAUGCCGCAAUGACGCGGAAAUAAAAUAGGAUUUCCGAAUUUUUUGGUACUUUUUACAUCUUUUCUACGCACUUGUUUCACUAACACAACGAAUUCAUACGGUGGUUUAAAAUAGGAAGAACCAUAUUUGUCGGAUGUUUUCGGAAAAAAUGCGCGGAUAUUAGAAUGGUAAGUCCUCAUAGAUGAGUUAUUUAAAGUCUCUAUAACGCUAAAAAUCAACGAAAAUUUCGUGAAGUAUUUCGUAAAAUAAAGUAAACACCUAAACAAUCAGUGUUCCUUAUUGCAAUAGCCACAAUUUGAACGCUAGAUGUGGUAUGAUUACAUAAAUUUUUGUAGAUACAAAAUGCUCGUUUUUAUUUAUUCGUGACACAAUUAUUUGCAUUUUUAUUUUCCGCGACUAUAUCUAUUCAUACGACACACGAACACCAUGUUAGUGUUCAUGUGUCGUAUGAAUAGAUAUCGUUGCGGGAAAUUAAAAUGGAAAAACAACGAUCAUUUUGUACUACAAACAUCUACAAACAUCUAUUUUACCAGACCACAUCUGGCGUUGAAAUUUCGGCAAUGCCAUAAGGAACACUGAUUUUUGAUUGGUUAAGUUUAUUUUACGAAAAAUUAUACGAAAUUUUCGUUGAUUUUGAGUAGAAAUGUUACUUUUAAGAUGUUUUGUUUUAUACAGAUCUAUAAAUCAGUCGCGUCAUUCGACAUUUUGGCUUUAUGCCAUAUGCGGCCAGCGAAGCUCCAGACCAGCCUGCGCAUUUUUGCAAGGAGCUACUCUCUCCGCUAUAAAGUCACCAAAUAUUGUAAGCGGACAGAGUAGCUCCUGACCAAAGUGAGCUUAUACGGAGGCUGGUCUGGUGCUACUCUGGCCACAUAUGGCAUAAAACCCGUUUUCGCAUGACGCGGCUCAAUACUAUGUCUCGCAUGAUACGCUCUUUGAUAUCUGUAUUACCGGAAUAGGCCCACAAACUGUGAGUGGGACUAUUAAGAAUUUAGUAUUGCUCUUAACCUGUUUUUUCUGUACAUGUAUAUGGACCACAUAACAUCAUCGUUAUUUAUAGAUAAAUGUUAUUCCAUGUUAUAUAUACAUAUUUUUCGAAUGAAUCGUGAUGUUAACGAUAUCGAGCCACAUUACUAAAACAAAACGUCAAUAUUUGGUAUUAAAUUAAUCGCAUUAUUCUUUAUAAAAUAUGUUGUUGUACUGCUUACAAGUAUAGACACAUAUACGGGUAAUUUAAAGAUGUAUUGCUUAUUGAUACAGAUCUAUUAAUGAGCCGCAUCAGGUAAAACUGUUUUUGUUUACAUUUGCGGCAAGUAUAGCUCCAGAGCAGCCUGUCCGCUUUAACCCAUUUAUGCCUGGUGGACUCUCCCAUCCUUCUAAAUCGGAUCAAUUAAUUUCUAAAAUAAGGGAUGUCUAGUAUCUUUAUUUCUAUAUUGAGAAUGUUUCUUAUAGAAAUUCCUUUAAGCAAACAGCGCAGACCCAUAUGAGACGCCGCGUCUCAUCUGGGUCUACGCUUUUUGCAAAGGCCUUUUUUUAUAGACGCUGGGCAUAAAUGGGUUAAUGUCACGCAAGGUUGCGCAAGGUUGCGUGGUCUCAUUAGCGGACAAGGUUGCUUCUGACUAGACUGUGAAGAAUCGUAGGCUGGUCUCAGGCCACACAAGACGUAUCCGGCAUAAGGCCCAUUUUCGCUCCAAUGUAUUGUAAAAAGAAUAAUUUACAUCACAUCAUACGUUCUUUGAUAAAUGUCUUUCCGGCUAUAGGCCCAAAAACAGCGAAUGAAUAUUUAGAGUUGAGAAACAAUAUUAACCUAGUCUAUUUUGUGUACAUGUAUAUGAAACACGAUAUCAUUGUCUUUUAUAGAUCAAUAUUAUAUCAUCUUUAUUAAUACAUGAUUAUUCGAAGAAAGUGACCACUGUAUUUAAACAAAACGUCAAUAUUUGAUAUUAUUUUCAUAAUACUUUAUAUAAUAUGUUGUUGUUUUGCGAAACGUGUAAGUUUUUAAAAAUAUUUUCUGCAAGUAAGUUUACUUUUUUGUUACAAAAAUACUUUAUACACGCAAAUUAUGGAUGACUUCGGCCGCUUUAAAAGUCUGAUUGGGUCAUGGAACGGGGAGAGUUGCUCAUGUACUUUUUGCCAAUAAACCUCUGUUGUCUCAUUCUAGUCCUGUACUUCUCGUGAUGCAUGUCGUGCAUGUAUAUUGUAUUUAUUAUGUAUUUAUUUUGCGUUCAUUCCUGCAGAUGCUAGUCAUAGCAUGAGUUAUGUCAUUGGUUCAAAAUCCUUUUAUUUUUGCACAUGGCAUUAUCCUUAUUGCGUAUUAUUUUCCAUAUGUGUUCAAACUAUGUUGCCUCUUUGUGACAUGUAUGGUGUGAUGUUGUUUCUUUAUGGUGUGAAAGCUGCUUUUGUUUUACAUGACAUUAUCCUUAUUGCGUACAAUUUGCUUUAUGUGUUCGAACUAUAUUGUCUCGUUGUGACAUGUAUGAUGUGAUGUUGUUCUUUAUGGUGUGAAAGCUGCUGAUCAGUUCCCUUCAAAUCUGAUUUGAGGUGGUAAGUUCUUUAAACUUAUUUUAAGUGUCGCACUUUUGUGUUCUUUUUUCUAUGUCAGUUUUUUACCCUCUCUCCUUUUAUGGCAGUUUUUAGACCCUGGGUCAAGGGUCAAGAUCAGCAGCUUAAACACAGUUUUUAAAUAAACUAAUUUAUUACCCCCUUUAAGGAUGUUUAGAAUAUUCUUUUAUGUAUGUUUCUCACUGUGAUUCUACAACGUGUUAAUUAAAUAACUUAUAAUUUGCAUGUCCAUAUAAUUUCUUAACUUUGUGUUCCUAUGCGUAUUUGUUAUAUUGGUAUGUUUGUGUUCUGUCGGUCAAAAGCUAUUCAUAGCUUAUGUUAUAAUGUUUGUAUAUCAUACCGACAAUACAUAAAUAUUGAUUUGAUUU